AUGGCAAAGUUGCAGAGUUCCCUGGGAGGAACUCAUGAGGUUGAGCUCCUGACCGUCGACGAGGCAUUUCCCCUUUUGCAGCCUGUCAAAAUCAAUCCUCUACCGGACGACUCGGACGACUGGUUUAAAGAAAGCGCCGUUGUUUCCAAGCAAGAAUUUUAUCAGCAAUUCCCUGGCCCCAUCGAUAAUUUCAAGGAUGAGGAAGGUUCUGACACUGAUGUCUCUCUGAACGGAAACAUUGAGACCAGGCACCGCUUGCCGCCGCCCCACAUUUCUGACCGACCGCCAAAUAGACCACCAGAGAGAAGCAAUCGCCCGGAUGUCAAGCAGCAUAGAUUGAAAUGGGAUCUACCAGUCAUACUUCAAGGGACUGAAGUCCUGGCCUGUCCUGACACAGGAUCCGAACAGAACAUCCUGUCCAAGGACACUGCCAGCCAACUUGGCAUUCUGGGCCAGCUGGACCCAAGCCUUUCGACCAAGUUCGUUCUAGGGAACGGCAAAGGCGUGCAGUCCCUAGGAGCCCUUGAAAUGGAGAUCCGAUUCGCACAACAACCCGACAUACUGCUGACUUGCAUGUUCCACGUGUUUGAGAGCUUGAUCCGUCCAGCCAUCAUUGGCGGUGUAUUCCUGAGACUUACCGAAACCAUGACGAAGCACCGCGAACGUCGGCUUCGAGAAAGGCACGCGGCUUCUGCGUCCCCUCUGCAGGUGAUGCAUAUCGGAACUUCCAGGGAGAGGUUCAGGUGUUACGUGGACAGUACCUUGGUGAAUGCACACGCCGAUACGGGCUCGGAGAUGGACCUUGUAUCCCAAAAGCUUGUCCACAAAUCCUCUCAGCGCUCUAGGGUCUUGGAGCAUCGCCUAGCAGUUCAAUUUGCCGAUGCGAGCAUUGGUUGGAUAUCCCACCAGAUAUUUGCCAGGUUCUCGGCUGAUUUGCAGCAGCCCAAAACUGAGUGGAUUGGCAAAUUGUUCUAUGUGCCAGAUGAACUGCCCUGCGAGAUUCUCCUGGGGGAGGAGACUCUCGACAACCUGCAGGCAUUCGAUCGAGAAAGCUCCUUCGCGAUGGAGAUACUGGAUCCAGAUGGUAUCGAGCUCUGCACAAUCUUCUGGGCGCAUCAUCUUGAAAGGAAGACAAUACAAACGUUCAGUAGACUGUGGGAAAGGACUUCGAAUGCCAGAGCAAGAAAACGGCACGCAGACGGCGAUGGUGAGUGUGAAGAUGAGCAUGAGUUCCGACUGGGCUUCACUGACGUUUGCAUAGAACCGCCGGCGCAGGACAGCGAAUUAUCGCUUCGCCUCGACGACCCGUUAUUGGCCGACGUCCAUCCACAGUUUUGGGUAUGGUUAGGGCAAAUGGCAUCAGGAGGCGAAGUGCCUGCAACCCAAUCUGCCUUGCCAGACUACAUCAACAUGCCACUGCUCCAUGCGCUGGACGGUUGGGAGACCCAUCGGCGGCGUAAGACCGACUGCAAAUUGGAGGAUAGCCGUGAACUCUUUUCGGAGGGAGAGCGUCGACGACUCUUCGACGAUUGCAGGGAUACAGUCCUUAAUGCGUUGCAAUCCACCAUGUUAGCCAACUCGGAACCUCCUUCAAAUCCGCCUGCAACGCCUCCAGACCCCGCGGAAGACAUGGCUUUGGGCUCAGCUACAACACCAUCCAGCCUAAGGCCUACUAGGCCCAUCACUGCAUUGUCCGUCGUUGACCUGUCUCCGACUCCCGGUGCUGUGCCCGAACCAGCUCGUCCCGGGGCCGGUGCUUACAUAUGUACGCACGAAGAUUGUGCUGCUGCGCCCUUUCCGACACAGUACUUGUUGAACAGCCACACGGACAACAUGCAUUCUAAUGCGAGGCGGCCUCAUUUUUGUCCGGUCGGCGGGUGUCCUCGAGGUCCUGGUGGUCAGGGCUUCAAGAGAAAGAAUGAACUGAUCAGACACGGCUUCAUGCAUCUCUCGCCAGGCUACAUUUGCCCAUUCUGUCCUGAUCAACUGCAUAAAUACCCACGACCUGACAACUUGCAACGUCACGUACGGGCGCAUCACUCGGACCAAGAUCGAGACGACCCUCGGCUUUGUGAGGCGCUCGGUCUGCGUGUGACCAGAGACGGAGGCGCAUAA